CUUUCCGUCUUUCCCCAUCUUCAAGCAUCGAAAUCACUGAGAAAGCCAGGAAUUCCUCCCAACGAAAAUGGCUGGGUUUGCAAAAGCAUUUGAUGCUGUAACAGAUGCCGCUUCCACAGCCUGGGGCUUCGCCAAGCACUUCUCGAACUCAUCGCCCGAUCAACCCAAGUGCGACGUCUCCGGCGAUCGAAGUCUCCAAACCCUAGAUCUUCAUCCCUCUCUCCGCAAUUAAGUCGCGCAUGCGAAUUUCUCAACUGAAAGAGAGAAUGGUGGCCUGAUGAUGUGUUUUGAUUGAUUGCAGGGGAUGUUUGCAGGCAUGGUCAAGAGCGGGGAGACGAUUCUGGAAAAUUGGAUGAAACGCGAUGGAGACGACGUUGAGGUGUUCGAACAAUUCAGCCUUCUGGCUUCCGAACUCGUUUCCAAUACUGCUUUUGGAAAGAAUUGUUUGGAAGCAAACAACAAAUCUCCUCACAUGGGUUGGGUUGUGAAGAAGAAUGAUGCAAUUGAGUCCAAGAAACAUGAGCAGUCAAAGACGUUGGAAGAACUUUUUAGGAAAGGUUUCCCCGGGAAACCUUUUGCCACGAAGCAAGAAAGUGAAAAGAACAAUAAGUAUUCAAAUGAAGAAAUUGCACAUGAGUGCAUGGCAUUCUGCUUUGUGGGAUGCACUGCAACAGCAUCUAUUCUAGGAUGGAUGGUCCAUAUGCUAUCUAGAGACAAGAACUUGCAGGAAAGAGCAAGGAAAGAAGUAAUUGAAAUAUUUGGCUGUGAAGAUAUCAAUCCUGAAGGCAUUGAAAAGCUAACAGUUAUGGAUAAGAUUCUAGAAGUCGUGUAAGGCUAUAUCCACUAGUGCCCUUCAAACUGAAGGUCACCAAUGGAAACACAGAAGAACAGCCUGACGUGGACAAAAGGAACCCGACAGUCUUUCACUUUGGACAUGGCCGUGGAGCAUGGCUGGGGUUGAAUUUUGCAAAGUUUGAAGCCAAAGUGGUUCUUUCCAUGAUCCUGAGACGCUUUGUGUUCACGCUCUCCCCUGCCUACAAUCACUCCCCAGUCCGAGGCUUUACAGUCACUCCAAAGCACGGAAUCAGAGUCAUUCUCCAAGUUUGCAGAGAGGAGAGUAAGACGGUCAAGAUCAUCAAAACAGUGGGCAUUGUUGCUGGUGUGGCUGCUGCAGCCUGGGGUAUAUCGAAGCUGCUCGGACCAGAUGAACCGGUUCCAAAACCGGAAGAAGGAAAGAAGGUGAAGAUGAUGAAGAAUCCCGGAAGGCCUCAUUAACUAAUUGCCAGGAGUCCGUUUGAAGAAACCCCAGCACAGCGCUUCAGGAGGAACCGUGAACUGGCAAAGGCCGAGAAACUUGCAAAUCGUGCCCUGGGAAUCAAAUGAAGGUAUUCUCCCGGGCUUCCCUAUGAACUGCUUUAGUAUAUUCUUGUCUAUGACUGCUUUGUAAUGAAUUGUUUUCUCCAUUGCGUGAGAGAGGGUUGAGAUUUGGAGUUUGAGGAAUUAUAUUUUAACAUUAUCAAAUUGCUUUUUAAUUCCUAAAUCUCAUUUCCAAUCGCGAAUAGUUAAGAUUUGACUCUCGGAG